UGUUAAACGGCGUCGUAUUAUCCUGCAGCCCUUUAGUAGUAGUUUUAGCCGGAGAGAGAAGAAAGGAGAAUCUCGAGAGAGACAGAAAGCGACGAUUGGUUGGUUGGUGGGAAUUUGAGCAAUCUUUGGGAAGAGAGAAUAUUAUCGAUGGCUACUUCCAAGCUUCAAGCUCUCUGGAAUCACCCUGCCGGACCUAAAACCAUUCAUUUCUGGGCGCCAACGUUCAAGUGGGGUAUAAGCAUUGCUAACAUUGCAGACUUUGCAAAACCUCCAGAGAAAAUUUCCUACCCUCAACAGAUAGCGGUUACAUGCACCGGAGUUAUCUGGUCUCGCUACAGCAUGGUUAUCACUCCGAAAAACUGGAACCUCUUUAGCGUUAAUGUUGCUAUGGCGGGUACAGGCAUAUACCAGCUUGUUCGUAAAAUAAAAAACGAUUUUGCAUCUGAAGCCGAGCCUGUUGUUGCGAAAGAAUGAUUACGACGAAGAAGAUGAGGCAUCAAAGGAAAACUGGAUAUCGUCUUGCUUGUGUUUGGAAUCUAGUACCAAAGAUAUUUUGAUAUUUCUUCGAAUUCCCAAGAUCUUCUGGGUCGGAUUACGAAAAGUAUUAAUGUUUUGUUAUUUGCUCAAUUGAUAAAGGAGAUCCAGAAGCUCCAUUAAUAUGCUUUUCAACGUAUGUCAUAAAUUCUCCAAAGAAGAAUAAAAUGUUCUGAAUGUUGAAUCAACUUACAAUUCAGUCAAAAAAUAAAAGAACAAGAA